GUAUCGCGAACUAGGGUUAUUGGAAUACCAAGAGAAUAGAAGACCCGCCUCAUUGGUCUGGUUCGUAGCCGCACGACAGGCCAGAAAGUGUAGAGACCCGACUUGCGCAGCCCUAACGAUACAUCUCCCAUCGAAGAGCCACUCAGCUCCUCGCCCUCUGAGUUGACGUUACCUUUUGUGCCAGGGUGGAGGAAGUCCUUCGUAACUCCACAUGGCAUGUGUAAAUCCCACAGGUUUUCGUUGCUACCCAUGUGCGGUAGCAACCGUUUGAUUGACUCCACGGACUUCUCUAGUUAGCUUUCUUUUCUGAUUUCUAGAACUCUUGCCCAAAGCUUUCUUCUGCAAAUCGUCAAGUUUGCGACAACCUAACUGUACAACUCAUACUGUCACCAUGAGAUCAUCACAAUUGUUAGUCGCCGUGACGGCUCAGCUCAUGGCUGUCUACGCGCAGACUCCAACGGUUGAAGAGAGCAAUUUGGUCGCUGCAAGAACCGAUUCAAGUACGGCGACAACGCAUACAGUCAGGGUUGGGCUACAGCAUGACUUCCAACCAGACACGAUAACGGCAAACAUAGGUGACAUAAUUCGUUUCAACUUUUAUCCUAAGAACCACUCUGUCGUGCGAGCAGAUUUCAAGAAGCCAUGCAUACCAUGGGAAUUAACCAACGACCCCUCCGAGAGCUUCUUUAGCGGUCCUAUAGAACAAGACACAUUACAGAGCCCGAUUCCGAGUUGGGAUUUGAGAGUGAAUACAACAGAUCCGGUCUUCUUCUACUGCUCUGCGCCUGACUCUUGUAUCGGAUCGAAAAUGGUUGGCGUUAUUAAUCCGAAUGAUACAUUUACAUUAGCUAUCCAAAAAGAAUUUGUCAACAACUCGACUUUUCAACUCAGCCCCGGCGAAGACUUCCCCGACGAAGGCAGUACACCGGAUGAUGAUUCAACUUCGGGAAAUGGGUCCGGAAAGCACUCGCUGUCGGGCGGGGCUAUCGCUGGAAUCGCAAUAGGAGGAGCCGCCGUGGUCGCCAUCAUCGUCGCCCUAGUCUAUUUGUGUGGUAGGAAAGGUGGCAUCGAAAAAGGAUAUCGACGAAGCAAAGUACCGACUACCAUCCCGCCACAGAUGAUCGAAGCCAAUUAUUACGAUAACGGCACCAAGAGUCCCCCGCCUAUGCCUUCGCCUUACUCUGUUACGUAUGCGGAACCAUACAGAUCAGCCAGUCCAACAGCUUGGGGUUCGCAGAUGGGAAGCCCUCACAAUUCGUACAUGGGCCACCCGAGUCCCGGGUACGCGCCUGCACCCUACGGUCCUGGUAUGCCAGGACACGAACAACAACACUUAUAUGUGUAAGGAGAAACCUAUUACAUCCUUCACCUCUAUAAAUUCCUCAAAGUCUAACAUGUGAAAUAGUGAGGCGCCAGAUACACAGAAGCACCCAACAGGACCACCUGUAGAACUUCCAGGAAACUCGAGUCAUUAAUCAAUUGCAUUAAUCACCAAGAACACUCAACGGAUAUAUAUAAAAAUUCAUCUAUUCAAUUUGUUUCAUAGCACUGCUUUAAUAGCCCAAUGGCUAAGCAGAUACCGGCAAGG